AGAGAGGUAAAGAGGUAGAGACAUAUAAAAGCAGUGGAAGAGAGAGAGAGAGAGAGAAAGAAGGAAGCCAUUUUGGUUCCUCAGUGUCAUGUCGGCCUGCGCUUUGCUUUCUUCUCUCUGGUUUCUCUGCUUGGAAAGAUUCUCGGAGAGAUAGAAAGCAGUUAGGUGAAUUGAGGAAGUAAAUCUUUCUGAAGACGGUUGACAGUUAUUUUAGUUUUCUGUGAGUCUUUAGGAGAAGUUUGGGUUUCACACUUCGUAGAAAGGAGUGGUGAGGAACGAGGCGGCCCGUCGAGCCUCAGACAUCCGACUGAAGAACAGCAGCAGGGCCGACGUCAGGACCGGGGAAACUAAUAACAGACCUGCUGAGGCUGUAAGGGUGAAAAACUCAUCUCCUGGUGACCUUCCUUCACUCAGAUGGUGGUCUGUUCCUGUUAGAGCAGAAGUCUUCGGUUUGACAUCAGCUGGACGGACGCACGAUGAGUUCUGGAGCGCCUUACAGGUCAGAGGUGAUGGGGUGGAGCCCACAGCAGCUGGCAGACUACCUGAAGAGGAUGAAUCUAUCCGGAUGUGAUAAAGCCGUCCUGAAGAACUCUAUCAACGGUGCCAGAUUUGUGAACCUGAGUGAGAACGACCUGCAGAAGUUCCCGAAGCUCCACGCUCCGAUGAUCUCCAAGAUCAGCACAGAAAUCAGCAAGAAGGAGGAGAAAAGAGGCCUGUUUGGUAAAAAAUCAACACCUAAAUAUCACGAACCAGAGACCACUGCUGAAGUUCAGGGUUGGGCCGAAGACGAGUUUGACGAUGAAGAGUUUGAUGAUGACUACGAGAGUCCGUACAGCGGUGAUGAGGAGGGCAGCGGGGGGGACUACGAGUCCCCGAAUGAUGACUGCACCAACGAUUACGAGCCUCCUCCUUCCGAACCUCCAGAGGACAUGGCUCACAAGCUGUGUCCCACCCUGCCCAUCGGAGACAGUGACUACAUAGAUAAUCAUGUGUCAUCCAGAGGCCCGCCCCCUGCGUUGUGUCCCCGCCCCCCAGUCUCCGCCCUGUCUGCACCGCCCUCUCGGAUGCCUGGAGAGUCCUCUAGAAGAGACCACUCGCCACACCCCCAAAGACAAACUGAUAAAUUUCCUCCGCCACCGCCGCAGGUCUUCCGUGAACACAAACCGGGCAGAGAUCCAGGAUCCAACGCGUCCCCCAGCAGAGGACCUCAUCGCAACACAGUGGACAGGCCGGGCGGACAUUCUCGGAGGCCUCAGUCGGACGUACCUGAUCCUCCCACCUGGUCCAAACCUCCUGUUCUUCCUCCGUCCGGCAGGAGCAACUCCGUAGCCACCAGACCUCCUCCCAGCAGGUCUGAUGGGAGGAGAGAGACACAUGAUGACGCUCCUAAACACAACACCUUCCCUCUCCAAAAUAAAGGUCUGCCCCCACGCCCUGGACUCCCCGGACCCUCCUCACGCCAAACAGAGAGCCUGCCUCCCAACGUCCCCUCUGCAGGAUCUCUGCCUCACAAACUGCAAACUGCGAUCGCAGAGCAAAGAGGCAGCUUUGUUGGAUCAGACAGGCAGUCAUUUCGUCCUCCUCCAUCCUCAGCAGCCAGUACACAGGACCUGGACCCUCGCUGGUACGUGGGUAGAGUGACCAGAGGUCAGGCAGAGGGCUGUCUGAAACGAGUCUACAAGGACGGGGCCUACCUGGUGAGGGACAGCACCCGGCAGCAGCCCAAUCAGCCCUUCACCCUGAUGGUCUUCUACCAGGACAAGGUCUACAACAUCCAGAUCAGACAGCAGAACCAGGAGUUCCUGCUGGGAACUGGACUCAAAGUCCAGGAGUCUUUCUCGUCAGUCAGCGGCAUCAUCUCCCAUUACUCCCAGUCUCCUCUGCUCCUCAUCGACGCCAAAAACCGCAGCUCCAGCCAGCAGAACCAGUGUCUGCUCUCCGAUCCGGCGGGAUACUACAUGACUGGACAGAACUGGUCCUGAAGGGAUGAGCCGAAUCAGAUCGGCUCAGACCGGAUGAGUCAAACUAAACCCAACAGGCAGAGUGAAGAUGAAUGUCCGCCUCAGACGCCUGUUACCUGGAAGGUUUUUGCACAUGUUGCUUCAUUUGCUUACUUUUGACUGUUUGCUUUUCUAGCUUCGUGUCGGCGCUCUGGUCCUGAAACUGAAGAGUUUGAGACAAUAAACCCUUCAGAACUUUAGAAGCUCUAAAACAUUUCUGAGUGGAGGUUUUAAUUAUAACUUCUGUACGACACCAGGUCACGCUGUUGGAUAAAUGCUGUAGCUCUGUAGCAUUUAGUUGAAGCAUACUCCACAUUCAAACUAUGUUUAUGGGAAAAAACUGUCUUGGUUCUGUGUUCAGCGAAAUAAAGCCCUCGUUGUACCUACAA